AAAAGCUCACCCAACUACUGAAACUGCCUUUACGUAGACUUUAAGUGCAAUCAAAAUCAAAAUGUCCGACAAACACCACCAGCGACUUCAGCUGUUCCUGGUGGACGACACCGUCAACGAAGACGACGCCGCCGACAUCAACGCCACGGACGACGACGACCAGCUGCUGCUGCCGUACGAGCUGAACGACGAUGCGUACGCCCAGAUCAUGGCGGCCAUCUUGGCCUCGAGUCGACGGGCCGCCGAGGUGAAUCGCUGCAACGCCCUCAACACCGUCAACACGAACAAGACGUUGGACUGCAAGUUCGACCGACUGAUUUCGGAGGUGUCCGGCCUGCGGGACGCCAUCGAGGAGAAGAUCGACUCGAUCAACAGAAAGAUCAAGCAAACAAACAAGCUGUUCCAGGCGAGUCAGGACUACGACAAGCGAUCUGGGAAGGCGUGCGAACUCGUUCUGAUGGGGAUUCCGUACCGUCGAGGGGAGAACCUUCGCGAGUACUUUGUACGACUCUGUCGAGUUUUGGGAUUCCAGGAGUUCGAGAUCCCCCUGGCGUACGUUCGACGAAUGCUAAGCGGUAGUUCGAGUGGUUCCACUGCCCGGCUCAAGAUCCCCCACUACAGCCACUCCAUCCUGGACAACCUGAAAAUCAGAACCAACGUCAAGCUGACAGUGCAGUCACGUCAUACCACGCCAAACGAGUCCAUAAUCGUGGUGCAGUUCGUGUUCCGCAACGCGCGGAACGAGUUCUACCGGCGGUACCUGGACCACAAGGCGCUCUGUCUGCGGGACAUUGGCCUGGAGAGUGGAUCGAGGAUUUUUGUGAACGAAAACCUGACCCGGACGAACCUGGGACUGAAGGCGGAAGCGAUGAAGAUGAAGCGCGAUGGCAAGCUGAAGAACGUGUUCACCGUGAACGGGCAGAUCUACGUGAAGCGGACGAGCGAGCACCGGCCCGAGCUGGUGACCAGUACGGUCGAUUUGCUGCUGAUGGACGAGAACAAGAUGCGGAGUAACAAAGAAAACUACCCCCGCGUUCUGGAGCACAUCAUCCACACGCAGCCGUACGUGCUAAGCCGGGACUACAAGGAGAUCCUCAACACGCUAGACAUCGUCUCGAGUGAUACAGAAGUAUCUGUUCGGUCGAACCUUUCGUCAUGGCUGCAGCGGUUGUGCGUGAGCUGCCUGGACCGGGAGCAAACCGUCAACAGCGACUUUGGCCGCAGCGUGCUGGAGAAGGUGCUGAACAUCACCGUGCGCUACCUGACGGACGAACCCGGGGUCCGCUGCGGUGCGUUCGAAACGCUCACCUACCUGAUCGAGAAGGGCUUCCUGGACAAGGCCACCACGGAGGAAACGGUCUGCCCGGUGGUGGAGAAGCUGUGCCGCAAACCGUUGGACACCUUCGACGAGGAACUGUACGCGAUCUUCAUCCACCUGAUGGUCAAGAUCGUCCCGAUCGUGGGUUACGCCAAGACGUACGAGCUGGUGUACGAGCGGUUCGUGGAGAUGUGCAGCUGCAAGGAGCACUUUGUGCGGCGCGAGUGCGCGAACGCGUUUCCGGUCAUGUGCGAAGUGCUCGGGGAUGAGCUGUUUGAGCGGAGCAUGCUGCCGAUCUUUAUGCAGCUGUGCGACGACGAGAUUUGGACGGUGAGGCGAGCCUGCGCGGACGUGAUGCCGAUCAUUGCCCUGCUGUGCACGCUGGAGAAGCGCCGCAAGGUGCUGGUUCCGGCGAUGAAGAAGUUCAUGUUCGAUCCGAGCCAGUGGGUCAUCAUGGCGGCGUUGAAGAACUUGGGACUGUUUCUGACGACCUUUGCCCAGCUGCGCAUUCUAGGGUUGGCCUACAACGGGAACCUGGUGCUAACGGUGACGAACGCGGCGGACGCGCAGUCCUUCCAGCAGCUGGACAUCCGGCGGGUCACGUACGGCAAUCAGCCGUCGGCGGACGCGUUGAUCAAGAACUACGAGUGCUACGAGCGCCGCUUCCGCGAUGCGAUCCAGCGGUACGCACUGCUCUCCCUGGUCAAGUCCAACGAGGAACCGUGGCGAGCUCGUGGCGACGAAGCCAUCAACGUCGAGGUGUACCUCUACUCGAUCGUGUACGCGGACCGGCGAUCGCAACGCCUUUCCACCGGCUCCAACUCGGACGACGGAGGCAUCUCCAAGAUCUCGGACUUUUCCUACAAGUACUACGUGCGAAAGUCGCUGAAAUCCAGCUCACUGCUGGACUCGCCCACUUCCGUGCCGGUCGUGCCGCAACUCAUGCGUCGGAACUACGACGAAAAGAACCCGCUGAACCGCUUCCUGCGCUAUUGCUCACCCAUGAAGAACAACUUCGCCGACGCGUUCGCCAAACAGGGCGGCACCAGUCGGGGCAGCGAAUCCGACGACUACCACGGAGGCUGGGGACCGGAAGAUGACGAGUACUCGGCCAUCACCAUGAAGAUGAAGAUUUUCGAAAACGAACUCGACAACUCGAUGGACGCCGACGGAGACGGCGGAGGUGGAGGAAGCCAAGAGCAACCGGCCCAACUCCAAGAAGUCCACGAAGAGGAAAAGAAAUCAUUCUCCGAAGACGAAGACCAGAGUUACAACUCGCACCAGUUCUGGUACAUCAGCCCGGAACUCCCCCUCGAACUGGACUUUAUCGACGAUGACGGCACCACAACGCCCUCCGCCAUCACCACCAAAAACUCCGACAUAAGCAAUAACAACGCGGGCGGCCCCUCAACCUCAACCCCAAAACCCCAACCCGAACAGCCCAAGCAACAUUUCGCCCAAGAGGAAGACAGUCGAAACAACAACUCCAAACUUCAAACCACCCCGACAGCAGCAGAACUCCCGGCCAACGAUAGCGACUCCUCGUACGGCAGCAUCAACAACAACUCCGAACCGGAAAAGCCCGACCCCACGGACGUGGACCGCUACUACGCCGACCUCCAACAUCAGAAAUCAACCACGUCCACUGCCAGCAUGGGCUCCUCCUUCCAGCAGCAACUAGAUGCAGUCUCCGCCGGCGUUGGCGCCCUCGCCAUCGGCAAGGAAGGCGAACGCCUCAAGGACAUCAUCAAGUGGCAAAACGAAGAGGUCGAGUGGAACCUGCUCGAGGACUUUGUCCACAUGAAGAACAUCAACAAAGAGCUCUGCUACGAGUGCGCCUUCAACUUCCCCGCGAUCGUCCUCACCUUCGGCGAAAAGUUCUGGCCCAUCCUGAGCUCGCACUUUUUCGCCCUCUGCAACGACAUCCAGAACACGGUCCGCCGCACGAUGGCCGCCUCCAUCAGCAAGGUCGCGCUCAUCAUCGGCCGCGAGCAGGCCACCCGCGAUCUCGUCAUCCCCUACACCGAGUUCCUCAUCGACUCGGACGAAAUCAAGAUCGAGGUCGUCAACACGCUCGCGGAGUUCCUGCGCGUCAUCGACGGGUCCGAGCACGAAACCCUGAUGGACCAGCUCGGCCUCUGUCUGCAGCCCCCGCUCAACAUGAUGAACUGGCGCUUCCGCGAGGCCGUCGCCCGCCAACUCGUCCAGCUCGUCCAGAUGCACACCAAGAUCCGCAAGGAGAACUGCCUGCUCUACCUGACCGGGCUGGCGAUGCGUCUCUGCAUCGACAAGUACGACUUUGUGCGGAAGGCCGGCAUCGAUGCGUUUGUCGAGUGCGCCCGCGAGUUCCAGGACAACGACGCUGUGUUCAAAUUCUUCACGGAAAACUUUGCCAACUGCUCAAACUGGCGCCGCCGGCAGACGUACAUCAUCACCGCGGGGAAGAUGCUCGAAACGGGCAGCGUCGAGGUGGAAACGUUCCGCAAGCACGUCCUCGACAAGGUCCUCGCCCUGGUGUCGGACACGGUGCCGAACGUGAGAAUACAAGUAGCCAAGUGCCUCAAGGAUACGAUCCUGCCGCAUGGCAGCUUCGGCGCGACCUGCCCGGACGCGGACGCCAUCGAGCGGACGCUGACGAAGCUGCGCGCCGACCCGGACCGGGACGUGCGCGGCCACACCGACGGCUACCUGACGCCGGAGGACGAAUCGAUCGCGGCGGGUGCGCCCGAGAUUACGGCCACCGGCUCGACCAUCGAUACGGCCUCCACGUCCUCGACGUCGUCCACGUCGUCGCUGUCGCCGCCGCCUCCGCCGCACCCGUUGGCGGGGGUUUCGGGCGGAGCAGGUGGGCAGCAGCAGCAGCAGGGUGGUGGGGAGCACGACCAGGAGCAGGAAGAGGACGUCAAGCUGGACUUUCCCAGCGAUAACUGGCUGUUUGACGCGAUCCACCAGCAGCAGGAGUUUGAGUUUUGAGCGGGGGAGCAGCAGCGAAUGUUUGUUAUUUAGGGCACUUAUUAACGAGAGAGAGAGAGAGCGAGAAAGAGAUAGAGCGAACGCGAGGAUCCACCUGGAAAACACACACACACACUUAUUUGCUAUUGUUUUAUUUUGUCUGCCUUUUUUUUCCUUUGAUUAGUUGCAAUUUUAGUAGGUUUUUCUUCUUACACGAAUAUCCUCUAGCAUAGCGAGCGGUUGAAAAUUGUUCAUAGUUUGUCAAAUCGUGUGUAGAAUUUUUGCGUGAUUUGAGUCGGUUUUAUUGUGUACUAGAAAUUACAAACAAAAAAAAUAACAACAGAGAAACAACCAAAUCUGUCUGACUUGAUUUUAGCUAAGAAGAAGAAGGGAGAACAAAAGUACAACACGUUGACUUUUUCUGUUAGUAAUAAACGCAUAACUCGUUGCACGAGAGUUGAUUAAAAAAUAAAGAGAAAUUAAGUCAUUCUUCGUUCAAACGCAAACAACCAAUAGACUGCUGUAGUUUUCUUUCCCCCUGUUUUCUCUUCUUUCCUCAAUCGUCACCCCCUAACCUUUCUAUUAGUACGAGAUUCGUAGCCAACGAUUGUUGCAAGAUAACAAAACCUAGAACUCACCACACCACAACAUGAUUAUAAGGAGGAAACAAAACAGUUCAGUUGCCUAAAGACAACGUUAUUAUUAAACCAACAACAACAAAAAAAAGAAGAGUAAGUUUAAUUAAAAUGAAGCGAUGCAAUUCAAAAGACUUUACAUAGGAAAAGUGACAGAAAUUACUAAAUAUAAUGUAGUUAAAAUCCUUCAACAAAAACGAAAAAAAAACACUGGAACAAACUAUCAAAGAAGCAACAUUUCAAGCGUUGUUAGAGCGUUCAGAA